AUGGCCGUAAAGGUAUACAAGGACCGUGUUUCUGGAACGCUUGCGCAACGACUACGGAGGAUCCAAAAUGCCGAGAGAAUAGCUGCCACACGUGCCAGAUUCCUAGGUCAACAAUCAGCUCGACGUCAACGUGAAGAGCAACAACAGCAUCAAGAUCAACAGACUGCCAACGAUCAUAUGAUGGACAAUCCAUACGAGCCCAAUUACGGAGACAAUUUGGGCAGUAACGAGCACCCAAGCGCAGACCUGCUGGACGACGAUUGGAUUACUUUAGAUGAGACCAAUGACGACGACUUGGAUCGAGCAAUUGAAGCUGACAAAGAGCGGUGGCGACAAGAAGCUCAGCAAUUCAACUGGACUAGUAUCAUCGAACAACUCCACGCGGUGUACAUGGAUCUGAAAGAUCGUACAAAUAAUUGGGCUGGCCAAAAUGCUUACUCCACAUUUCUGAACUGUCGCUGUCUUCCACACACUAUGAAUAGCCGCUUGGUGGACAUGGUGGAUAUAACCCGCCAGCAUCGAAUCAAUUUCCGUUUUUGCCCUUGCACCAGUGAUGCUGUUCGUCUCCUCCAACAUGGCUUCCUACCAGCGUCCCCCAUCAGACCUCAAACUGCAUUUUCUCUCCCCCUCCUCAUAUUUCACAAUCACCUAUGGAAUAACUGCCAUGUUGGCGCUCUUCCUUUCACGACUGCCCUGACCGAGUGGCUGGAACCCCGGUCUGGAAGAUUGUUUGCACGUAAACAGAAACAUGCUCGUGAGAUGCGCAAGCCUUUCUCUGCUGCUGUUGAUCUCUACCGCUCUUUGGAAAAUAAGUCAACCGAGCUUGUCUUCAAGGUUUUGCAGUUUGAACCGCAUGAUAUCCUUGCAACUGAGAGUUGUCCGGCAUGUUUUGGACCUCGUCCCCCCAAUGCGCAAGAUUACCCUGAUUCCACUCGAGACAAACUCAUUGUGUGUCUUGAUGGCAACUUCCAACAUCGACACCAUGCCAAUGCAAGCCACGAUUACCGCCCUCUACAAACUCCACGAAUUUUCCUGAAAGCUGAUGAGUUUGAGGAUAUGAAACUUGCCAUAAGGAACAAAGAGAUUGAGCUGAGCCCCCCUACCAAGGCCGAUCGAUGUGCUGAUUCUCACAAGGCAGCUGAUGACAAACGCAACGAGGCAACUUGGAAAGGAUGUGAUGACACAGGCCUCAUGGGAUGCUGCUGUCGUCAUGAUUCAGCUAUAUACAUGGGUAAUAUCUUCAAAUCAGGCGAGCAACGGUGUCUACCCAUCGCCAUCAUUAAACGGCUUCUAUCCGAGUGUGGCGAGGAACGGAACAUUGGAAUCCUAUACGACAUAGGAUGCUCUCUUGACAAAUACAUGAGUGGACGAAACCUGCUCCAAGAACAUCGACAUCGCAUCAAGUUUGCCACUUCAGUCUUUCACGCAUACGUUCACAACUGGGUUUGUCAGCUAGAUUAUCACCCCCGUCUCAACAUUGGCUGGGGCCUCUCAGAUGGUGAAGGACUUGAACGGCUUUGGUCGUACUUGUCACCAUUGGUUAGCCCUUUGCGCUAUGCAACAAGAAACCAUCGACUGGGCUCUAUUGCCCAUCGUUUGAAACAUCACAACACCAAGGGCAUUAGGAAUUUACCUUAUUGGCUCCAAAGGAAGUAUCAGGCAGCCUUAAAGCGUCGUUCUGAAGCUCGAUCAGUUAUUUCAGGCCUACUCGAGAUGCCCAACCCACACUCAACCACGACGACAAACUACACCCAGGAAUUUUUCAUACAACAAUGGAAGGCUCAGCACGAAUUUCAGGCUAAUCACACAGAGGCUGAGGAAGAACGUCGCAUAAAGAAGCGUCUGCGUGGCCCGGAAAUAUUUUUAGCUACUGAAGAGGAGGUGAACGAUCUCCUGAAAGACAUUGCGGAGCAUUCAGAUAAAUUGCGAAAGGAGCUAGAUGAACUGACUGGCGAACAUAACAUGGGUGGUGUAGAGAGUGAUGAUGAGUCAAAAUUACUCUUACUUCUUUGGAGUGCAAAAGCAGACCUGUUUGUCCAGGCAGUACAGAUCCGAGCCGAAAAACGUCCAAUUGAUGACUCAAAAACAAUCGGAACCCACUUAGGUACAAAACUCAAAGAGAAGAUAUAUAAAGCCCUAAACGAACGACGACCUGCAGUUAAGAAGUAUAUCGAUGCCUUCAACCGAUGCUAUGCAAACUAUGUAGCAAAGUUUCCCAAUCAGAAAUUAAGUGAUGCUGCCGACUAUCCACUCACCUACGACGAUUUUAUCACAUUUGACAUGGACCAUCGAUUUUGGAAUGAUGGAUUAUACUAUCAUUGCAAAGCUCCUUGGGCUGUUGAUUGUGAUGUUCGUGCAGGUAUCACUGCAACAUUAUCACUUAGCCGAGUCCAAGAGGAAUUCCAGCUUUUGGCUCAAGAACUGUGUCAGAGUAUUGGAUGGGGAGUGUCUUACUACAAUCGACUGUCAAACUCAGUGGCUUACCUUGCAGGGCGCAUUUCUCAAUUGGAUCUUCGACAGGAGACUGGUGCAGGCGAGCUUGCCCCUGAUCACGUGGACCAAUUAACGUUGGGGAACUUUUCUCCAAAACACAAGUACAUCGUCCUCAAGAGAGAUAUUAGGCAACGCUUGGUGGCUCACGGUGCGAUGAUGGAGGAGUGGUCAGAUAAGAUUAUAUGGCUAUGGGAACGUUGCCAGCCCCUGUCAAAUCGGGGCUACAUCUCUGACUGGGAGAAGAUGAUUGUCAACAUCCAAGCUGGGAACCCAAUUGGAGCGGAAACAUCAGCGGGAGUAGAAGAAGAAAUGGAGGAAACAGUGCUUGCAGUUGAGCUUGACGAUGGUGAAGAUGCAACAGACGGGGACCUCAUGUCAGCAACAGAAACAGGAUGA